AUGCAACCCCUUGAAGGUCGAUCCGAAUCGAUCUUCAUCAUUACUACCGUCUUCCUUGGGAUUUCGUUCAUAGCUGUCUGUUUACGAUGCUUCGUGCGCCUACGCAUUGUCAAGGCCUUUGGCUGGGAUGAUGCAUUCAUGGUCUGCGCAAUGUUGCUGAACACUUUAUUCGCUUUAUGCGGCAUCACCGGAGCCUUGUAUGGAAUUGGACAGAAAUCCAGGGUGCUCUUGAUCAGGGGCACCAUGGAGACAGCAAUGUUUUGGUGGUGGCUUGGCCAAACGAGCUAUGUAUGGACGUGCGCGCUGGCCAAGAUUUCUAUCGCACUGGCCUUGCUCCGCUUGACGGUCGCCAAGGUCCAUAGACUCAUUUUGUACUCGGUUAUCGGAGUGACAUGUGUCAUUGGCCUUGUGUUUUGGUUCAUGCUCACUCUUCAAUGCCAACCGGUAUCGUUUUUCUGGCAACGAGUUCGCCUCGAAUUGGAUCCGAAAGCCGGCUUUUCCGGAACUUGCAUGAACCUCGACAGUAUCAUUGCAAUCGCCUAUGUAUACAGUGUGACGGCAACAUGUUGUGAUUUGACCCUGGGUCUUUUGCCUGUCUGGCUCGUGUGGAACCUGCAGAUGAACACUAGAACCAAGGCUGCUUUGGCUGCGAUUCUGGGAAUGGGAUGCGUUGCAAGUGCAGCAGUCAUUAUCCGCAUCCCCUUCCUUCACGAUUAUAAAGAUACAGACUUCCUAUAUGCGACCUCCAACAUCUCAAUUUGGUCCAACGUCGAAGCCAGCCUAGGAAUCGCAGCAGGCAGUCUAGUGACACUAAAACCGCUCUUUCGUUGGUUCCGUGACCCCAGCUCAGCUGGAGGGAGCCGGAGCCGGAGCCGGAGUAAAAGCAAGCGAACCGGCGGCAGUGUUCCUCUCUCCAGUGUCAACGCAGUGAGAUCUGAUACUUCCGGUACGCAAUACUGGCGACCAGACCUGGAAGACGAUUCGCAUGCGGUUGUCACGACAGUUCAUACCUCGAACCAGGCCAGUCGGACAAGUAGCCAGGAAGAGCUCCACCCCAAGCACAGUGGGACCUUUUUCCAUGGCGUGAAUGUGCAGAAGACAUUCUAUGUUUCCGCAGAUCACGCAUCUAGGUAG